AUGACUUCGACUCCCUCCCGAAUCCGCUACCGAGACGAUGGAAGUCGCUAUGGCAAGUUGCUGGCAGUGAAGAGCUACUCCAACCGUGAUCCUGUAGUUCUAAAAGACUUUGUGGUCGGGGUAGACAUUGUUUCCUUCUUGGCAUGGAAGCAUGUGCAAGAGAGGAAUGGGGUCGUGGUAUCAUCACUCCCAUCGAGGCUAGAGGGAUGUGAUUUCCAUUGGGGUAUUGAAAUGAGAGAUGAUCAGUCAUCCGCAAAUCAGGGCGUUCGACAGCUCGUGGCAGCCACCACCAAUACUACUUCUACUCCGAGACCAUCGUCCGUCACGAGCCACACUCGACCGACCAAUCCUCCUGAACUGACCCCAAAUAAUAAUGGCUAUUGGACGCUACCACAGCACACGGCAAACCACAACAAUAACGACUACUGGACAAUUCCACAAGGACAGCGUCCUGUCAUCAAUCGAACCCUUGAACCUCCAAGAGCACAAGUCAACGACUAUUGGACUCUUCCACAAAGUGAAACACGAGGCCGGUACCAAGAUAGGCAACUACUGACUACAAUCACCAUUAUUGAUCAUCCAGACCUCCAUCCUUCCAGUGUGGCUCCCAGUGCGGCUCCCCAACAACAACAACAAGUAGACGAAUCAGACUCCGUGGAGGCACCACCACCACAACCACCAGCAGAAGAGUGGCUAUUCCCAUUUGCCCUGACAGGGCCGACACGAUCCAACAUUGCCCACCCCCUCUCCACUCUGGGAUCGGCCUACGAAAUACCCUUGCCGAUGCCCGCGCCAUAUGGUUACUUUCAUUCCAUUGGGGUGACCCACUGUGCCAAUCUAUUCAGCCAAGAUGCCUGGGGACGGACCUACAAUACCGAUCUACGACGAGAAGCCAAGGCAUUGGGGAUUACCAUGGUCAGCUUUGGGUACGACACCAAUGAGGAAGAUAUUGAGGCCACAUUGGAACAGCUCAAACAAAGUGGGAUGCGGUAUAUUUAUGCCAUUAUCAAAUUUGAUUGGGAAUUCGUUUUGGAGACGGCCUAUCAAAAGGGGAUUAUUGGGACAGAUCAACAUGUGUGGAUUGGGGCCGAAGCUACCGACUGGACGGAUGAUGGGUUGGAAUUGUCACGACACCCUGGCAAUAGUACGCGAGAAUACAUGCUCACGCAAGCGCUCAAUGGAGUGGGGUCCUUGUCCAUUUACGUGGAAGAGAGUACGCUCCUGAAUGCGGCCAUGGAGGACUUUCUGCACAACACAGAACUGCAACAGGAAUAUGUCAAUGCGCAUCCGGAAGCCUUUAUCUUUCAAAACUACUCGUUUGCCGAGUCGGUCAACCCCAGUGCUUCCUUUUACCAUCAAAUGUUCUAUGAUGCCACCUACAGUAUUGGAUUGGCUGCUUGCAAUACGCCGGGACUCUUCACCGGGAGUGAACUCUACGAGACAUUGGUCAAUCUGCAGUUUGAAGGGGUCACUGGGAAUAUUACAUUUGAUCCAAUCACAGGAACGAGGAGCCCUGACAGUGUCAAGUUUCGUGUGGACAAUGUGUUUUUGAGCGAUGAACGGUCCGAUGAAAACUAUACCCGGUUCGAGACCAAGCUCGCAGCCAUUGUAGUCAGUGGACAAGUCGAACACGAGCAUCGUUUCAUUUACCACGACAAUACAACAAUUCCACCUCCGUCGAUUGAACCUGUGGAGCAUGCUUACAAUUUGAUUCCAAGUGGUGCAAAGGUUGUUGGCGGGCUCAUGGGUGCUGCGGUGAUGUUUGCAAGUGUCGCAAUCUGCUUUUGGACUUGGUAUUAUCGAAAUACCUUUGUCGUGAGGGCUAGUCAGCCGGUGUUCUUGGGUACUAUUUGUUUGGGGACGUUCAUCAUGGCCGCCGCAUCGAUUCCCAUGGGGAUGCAGGGAACAGAGGAAAGUCGGGGCCUCGAUGCGGCAUGUAUGGCGACUGUUUGGAUGGUUUUCCUUGGCUUUGUGAUUACACUCAGCGCACUCUUCUCCAAGACUUGGAGGAUGAACCAAAUCAUGCAAUCGGGAGUCUCCAUGCGACGAAUUGAGGUACACAUAGUCGAUGUUAUGUGGCCUUUUGUGACUUUGAUGACGCUCAAUGUGAGCCUGCUGGUUGCGUGGACUGUCGUCGCUCCGUUUACCUAUGUCAGGACGGAUGGUAACGACUACGACUCUUACGGACGAAGUCUGGAAUCGUAUGGGCAUUGUACGGCGGAAAGCAACAAUUUCCUUUUCUUCUUUAUUCCCCUUGUGGUGGUUGAUUUCAUGAUGGUCGCCGUUGCAACUUACCAAAGCUACAUUGCUCGCAAGCUGCCUACAGAGUUUUCCGAAUCAAGCUAUUUGGCCUUGAGCAUGGGGUGCCUGACGGAAACGUUGGCACUCGGUGGGCCGAUCCUUUUUGCUGCUUCCAGCUCUCCAACGACGUUCUACGUGAUUUUCUCCUUGCUGCUUUUCACAACAAAUCUGACCAUCCUACUACCAGUCUUUGUGCCAAAGUACCUGCACCGAAACGCACAGAGUCGAACAGUUUUACGUGGAACAAUGCAUAACCUCCAGAGUCGAAGUGUUGCACGGCACAGUGCCAAUCAAAACGCAUUGCCUCGGGGACGUCAAAGCAUUGUGCGACACGGGGCCAAUGUUAGCUCGUCAAACAGUCGUGUGAGUGCUACCUUCAACGGCUUCAAUCAAGUCAACGUUUCAUUUCAAGAUGUUACACCCUCGUGGGGUGGAUUUCAACUGUCCAGGCUGACGUCAUAUGUUGAAGAGCCGACACACCUUCAAUCGGUAGUGGAGGAGUGA